AUGGACCAGGCUCUAGGCUUAGGCCUCAACGGCGUCAACCUCGCCAUCACACACCAGGACAAGGUUAUCGACCCUCUGCACCGCAGAUAUAAGAAAAUUCGUGGCAAAGUCCCUCAACCGGAUCCCGAUCUCCUCGACAGAAGGACAAUGGAAGAGAAGGGUCUCGUCCUGCGCCGUCGGCGCGAUGUCGCCUCGGACGAAGAGAUUGUGGAAGUGGUGAGGCACAAGGGGGAAAUCCUACCCCGGCGGCCUGGUCGGUCUGAACAACGCCAGAGAGCCAGUUCCAUGCACUCCGGUCGAGACAUCGGUGCGGGUGCGGCCGCGGGCGCGGGUGCAGGUGCACUUGUUGCACACCGCAACCGAGAUCACCACCGAGACAGUUACUAUGACUCUGAAGGCUCGGUGCCUCCACGGUCGCGCGUGCGAGCCAAGUCUUCGUCUGCUCGCUCCCGCCGCCGUCGAAGCUCGUCCAGCUCCUCUUCGUCCUCGUUGCUCUCUUCCACCGAGGAAGAGAAGAACAUCCGCAAGAUGCAACGCAAAAAAUGGCUCACCGCCGCUCUGGCUAGCGUGGCCACAAUACACGCCGCCUCCAAGGUCUAUUCUUCGAUCGAAUCACACGAUAAGCGAAUGGAACAGGUCCGCGCCGGCAAAAUGUCUCCUGAGGAAGCUCACAAACAACAACGUGCAUCCCGGUGGCAAGACGCCGCCGCCAUUGGCAUUGCGGCAUUGGGCCUCAAAGGCGCGGUGAGCGAGUGGAAUGAACUAUCCGAGGAGCACAAUCAGCACAAGGAGCUGCUGUCGCAGAAAGAAGAACACCAUAAAAAACGCAUGGAGCGCGAGAGACGCCGGCGGGCCAGGGAACGGGGAGGAUACUACAAGGGACGGGACGGCAACUGGUACUACGACGGCCCCGACCCACAGAGCAGUGAAAGCUACCGAGGAAGCCGUGUCGGUGGAGGGGCAGCUGGCCAUUACGACGACGAGCGCGCCAUCAGAGACUCGAGUCGCGCGAAAAAGAUGUACGAAGAAGAUGGGGAUAUUGACGAUUUCGAUAGUCGGAGAUCCAGAUCCCGACAUGCGGUGAGUCGCAGUCGUGCCAGCAACUACUGA